CAUGGGAAGAAAACAUCAAAGAUGGAUUGUAAGAGCAUAAAAAUGGUCGUACCAAUGGUCUCUCUAUGGUGCUCUGCUAUGGCCAAUACAAGAUCCCUAAGGAAAGGCAUUGAGAAUCAAGGCAUCAUGUAGAAGCUUCCUGCAAGCAAGAGUCAAGGACAGCCUGAGCUGGCAGUCAUACCAGUUCAUCACAUUCAAAAGCCAGUGAGGAACUGAUCCUCCACAAAUUACCUAAUCUGUAUUUGAACUCAUUUAUAUUCCUGCUCUCCAUAACAUCCUAACAUCCUCUAACAAUAAUUACACUGUCUUUGGGACAUGCAAAAUGAAUUUCCUCUUGUUUGCAGUAAAAUUGCUGCCUGAGCUCACCACUGUUUCCUUCAGAUUAGGUAAAAGAGAUCAAGCAUCUCAAGUUUAUUCAUUUCAAAGCAAGAUCUUCAGGCUCCCAAGUCAGAGUUGGUUUGGUUUUAUUUUUGUACCACUCUGCUAAAUCCUUUUCCCACAUCCAUUUUCAAUAUAUGGACACAUUCCAGUAACUUGUGCUGUAAACAGAGGUAACGCAAUCUGUUCACUCCGUGAGAUCCCAUUUAAUACAGCAUGCAUCAUCUAUCUCCCUCCCUGGAGCCUUGUCUUCCCAGGAUACUGUAUUAUGUUGCGGAAGUGUGAUUCCACAUACUUUGUUCCUCCAUGUAGAACCUUAUGUUUUAAUUCUAAGCGUGAUUUUACCAGGGGUUUUAGGAGGUAGUUACUUCCCAUUAACUCGGCCAAAUAUAUGCACCGUGCCAGGAGAGACAGUCACACCUGCAGAGCUGUGUAGCCCUCCUAACCAUAUUUUGUCAUUGUAAGACAUCCAUGAACAUCAGAAAGCAUUUAGAUGUUGAGCAGAUCAUGUGACAGCCUAGCACUGGAAGCUCACAUAGUCUGAAUUUCUAGGACACUUUCAUCUCAUCAGCAAAGCGUCUGAAGUAUUUACGCAGGACACAAAAGCAUUAGCUGCUUUAUCUUCUACUCUCACACAUGCUGUGCAGCUAAAGAGAGUCCUUUGGUCUUUUGUGGCUUUCUGAGAAAAACCUGGCAGAGAAGCCUGUAAGAGUGGAGAGAGCUCUGUGCAGCAUGAAAUGUUCACCUUCUGUAGAAUGGGACCUGACACCUGCAAACAGAAACUUCUUAGCACCAGAGAAAAUUAUCAAUGGCACCAAACAAACAAAAAAAAUCAAGCUUAAACCCAUGUUUUCUGCAUGUGACCUCAAUUGCACCACAGUGACCAGCUCCCGGCAGAACCUCCUAAUAUUUAGUUGUCUCUCCGUCUUGGGAAACCAGACCUCUCCCAGCCCUCCUUGUGACACAGGAGGUCCCACCCCUUCUUGGGAAUUUUGAAGUCCAUUUAUAGUUCCAUCUCUUUGGUCCCAGCCUCCUUUGAGGGUAAGGAAGAUUUAGAUCUUACACCAAGAAAGCAUGCUGUGUGUGCCAGCACAGUGAGAAUGGGGGUAGCUCCAGAGCCAGAGGGGUCUCUUUGCAGUACUAAAGGCAAGAACACAGCAAGCAGUGAUUAUCCAUUAUUGGAAGUGUUCAGGAUUUUCCUGAACCUGGCCCUGAGCAACCCUGUCUAGUUUGAGAGUCACUCUGCUGGGAGCAGAGGGGUGAAAUAGAGACCCCAGAGGUCCUUUCCCACCUGAAUCUUCCUGUGAUACUGUGACUAACAAACAAGUGGGUUUAUUUGAUUUCGUGGUGUUUUUCUUAGUGAGGCAGUAGAAGAUAUCUUACAAAAGGAUGCAGGCUGCUACCUGCCAUGAGGUGCCAAGUGGAGAGGAAAUUGAAAAAACAGCUCAGUUGCCACUACAUUCUGAAUUGCAGUCUGGCACACAAUCGUGUUAAUCCAGCACAAAUGCAUAGUGUUGCAGAGAGGGGCAAUCCCAUCUUCCCUUUCAUCUCUCCUGCUGCCUCUCUUUUGUCAACACUGAUGAGCAGCAGAGAAUUGAUCCAGCUGAAAACUAAACUAUAAAGGAAUAAAUCCAUUUUGAUUUACAAUGAGCCCUUUCAGUUUAAAAAUGCACCAUCUCCCUCCCUAGCAAUUUUUUGUUCAAAGUAAAGUGGUUGGGGAUCACCAAAUCAGAGACUUCAUUCUCUUCAGGACUAUUCUGGAGCACUGCUGUGCCCCUCCUUGCUAUGCCAUCAUCCACAGCAACUUUCCCAGUGAUUAUAUUCUUCUGCAAAUGAUUUUUCGUAGCAUCACUGCUCCUUUAGUCACCCUCUACUUUUUCGUAUCUAGCUUUCCCACUAAGAAAGAAACAACAUAUUCUCUAUUUAGCCUGCAGCCUCCAGGGUUCCAAUGUACCAUGAGAUAUGGGCUCCUGUUCUCCUGCCAUGAUGCACCAUGAAAACACAGCAUGUGGAUCAGACCCACUUUUUCACAGUUCCUGGGGCACAGGCAAAUACGCCUAGAGCCAGACCCCUCUGUGCUCUGAGCAAUGCUCAUCCUCCAGCAUCUGAAACAUGACAAGGUGCCUCUUCUCUGUUGGAGAAACCCAGGUUACUGCCCAGAGUAGAACACAGAGAGGAUUUGAGCCCCAUGAGCAGAAGGCACAUCCUUCUGUGGCAGUUUUUCUCUGAAGGGAUACUGUACUGUCAGUUGAGAGCAACAGCAGCAAUAAGGAUAUGAGCCUGGAAUAUGUGGAUUGGCCUUUCUCUCUUUUAUGGCACUUUCAGAGAUUUUGUUUGCUUGAUAUUUCUGCUAAUGCUCAUCUGCUUUCUGGGCUAUCCCUGGUGUCCAGCACUUGUAUGUCAUCCAGCUCUGCUGUGGGCACUGGAACUUCCAGUCCACUGGGUCCCAAGGACCCUGCAGAUGGUCAGACUCUUUCUCUCCAGGUACCCUGAGAGAAACACAUUUUGGGAGUCCCACUCUCAGACCAAGGUUCAGCUCCCAUCAAAGUACUCCUCAGCUCAUACCUGAGUUAAGGCAAUCUUUCAGGACCACUCAGCUGCUGCCCCAGCCUCUCAACAACACGUUGGGUCAGUGCCUGACUCCUUUACCUCAGUGUCAAGGUCACUGUAACUGAGAGCAAAGCUGGCACGUGCCUCCCAUCCCACUUUGCUCUUGGGAAAACCCAGUGCAGCCCUGGGAUAUUUGGAAGGCUAUUGCAUAUUUUUUGAUUGGAUUAGAAGCAUGAACACUGCAAUGAGAAGGGAGUCGAAAUAUAACCUAGUUUGCUGCAUGGAUUUUUGUAUUUAAUCCACCCCACCCUCUGUGUUGCAAAACAUGGAGGUUGUGGCAUCAGAAAUAUCACUUAACUAGGUAUUGGCCAAGGUACUGAUAGCCAUAACCAUCUCCACAGGUAACUGUGAUGACCAAUAAGGAUUCUGUAAGUGUCCCAUCUCUCCUUGAGGAAGAAUCUGGAGGUCUUUUGAAAGAGAAUAGUUAUACAGUCCUCCACAGCGAAUGCUGGCCAGUUACAAGAUGCCAGAUGCCAAAUAUGCCCAUGAAUGCUGCAGAUUUUCUUCAGUAAUUAAAUCAUUGGGGGUUUUGUUAUGUUUUGGGUUUUUUUUAGCAGAAAUGCAGCCCACAACUUUAGUCAGAUCCCCCCAAUGUUAUUUCUCACUUUCUAAUUCAGGUUUCUCUGGGAUAUGCAGCUGAGUAUUGUCACACAAAGGGUACUCACCUUCUAGCACUGUAAAGAAAGAGGCUGCAGAUUUGUCCAAAGACCCCAUAAAGCUAUGUUUUCUUAAAGGUGCUCUCAUGGGAUUCUGGGAAGCAGGGCACUGCUAGACUCUCCUCAGUGCCAUAUCCGAGAUUUGUGGUGACUCAGGCACUGCCUCCCUAAAAAGGACCCUUUCAAAAAAGCCUCCCAGUCAGGUAGCCAAUCACUCUGCCUCCUCCUAGCACUUCUGCAGUGGCACAUUUUGGUUUUUCCCAGAUCUACUGGGAGAUAGAAACUUUCUCUUUUCUGGUGCUCUUCUCCUCACUGCUUUUUGGGAUCUGUCAUCUCAGAUGAAUGGGUCCCUUCUCCAAGACCACCCUCUGAUGAGUUGACGUGUGGUGUACCCAGCCCCUGGGGAGAUAACAUGCCGCUUCCAGGCAUCAUGAAACAUGUUUGGUACCCACCCUGGACUUAAUUUCCUAUACAGAAUGCACCUCUGGUUGGCACCUUGGUAGAAACUAUCAUGGCCCUUUGUGUGGGAAAAGUGGCUUGCAUUCCUCUACUUCAGGGGUGCCUAUUUUGAUGCAUUACCCCAUUGUGCAUCUCACAGAAAGCCUGCCAAGCUGUGGACACCAGCUCUUUCUGCCUCAGAGUUCUGCAGCUCGACCUCUCUGCAGCAAGAAGGUGUUGACUUGGGAACCACUGCAUCUGUCCCAAGUGCCCAGAGAACGGCAGCUCCACUACUUCCUCUCUGCAGCUGAGCUUAGAUUUCUUUUAGUCCCCUAAGCUUCCCAGUCAGUGCCAGAAGUCUUGCAGUUAAUCCCAGUCCCUGUUGCCUGUGCAGGCACCUGUUGGGUACCAACCUGCCCAGCAGCUCUUGCUCACACCACAUCCUUGCCAAACCUUCCCUUCUGUUUCCCCAGGUGUGGCUGCUUUUUGUUUACAGUUCCUUGCCAUGAAGUUAUUAGUUAUCUCCCAUUAAUAAGGAACUUGGUUUUGCCUGCUAUGUUUGCUUUAGCACUGGACAAACAGCAAUCAGGAUGUUUUACACGAGGUCCUUCUGGCAAGCACUCUAUCUCAGGAACGCCCAGGCAAGCUGAUAACUCAGUCUUCAAGCAUGGUUUCCUAGAUCAGCUGAAGUCUGAAAAUAAAUUCUAGAGCACCUGAGAACGUCAGCAUAAAGUGGAAGAUUGUGACUACUUUCAGAUUUGAUGGUGCAAGGACCAAAACAUGAAAGUGGAAUCAUUCAGAGAAAAACACGGUAUUACAGAAAUCUGGAAAUGCAGUGGAAAAUUCCUUCAGCAAGACUAACUCAAUGAUACUGCAGAACAGUGUUUUCUAUUCCUAUUUUUCUUGGUGAGUGCAGUUUGCAUCCAUAAGACAUGCCAAGAGAGACAAGAAGAGCAAUGUAUUAAGGCUGUGCACAAGACGACUGCUGCGGUGAAGUCCGGAACCUGGCUGAAGCUACUAAUGCCUAACAUGGACAAAGGAGCAUUUAGUGAGCUGGGCUUCUACGUCCCUGCCCUUGGCUACUCUUGUUGCAGCCUGCCCCUCAUUCCCCAUGGCUCUGCCAGGGUCCCACACAUCCCUGUCAGCCUCUCUGCCCAGGGGACCCACACGGGCAGUUCUGAGAAGAUGUCCCUGUGCUGAUCUCUCUCUGGUCACUGUUAUCUCUGCCUCGGGGUCCCAUUCUGGGAGAUGACGAAAAUGCUAUUCGAGGGAGUCAGCAUUUAAAAUGGGCCGUUAGAGAGAAACGUCACAGUGUCUUUGCUAAAGAUAGCCUGGUGCUGAGUAAAACAGUGCCUCUAAAACCUUCCUUUUACAACAUGCUCACUCAGCAUAAUAACCCCUCGGCCUCAAACACCCUCAAACACCCAGGCAGCUCCUGUCAUUUUCCUGGGCUCUCCAUCAGUCUCUUGUGACCACCUCUUGGGAAGCUGUAGCAGAAUGGGACUACGUCCUCUGCUUUGCUGAGUCUUACAAGGGAUAAGCAUUUCCUAGAGCAUGAAUUCCUUUAAAAGUGGUUUUGAGGGCUAGAGUGGAAUAGUGCCAGGGUGCCAAGGCUACAAGAGCAGAGAGAGUUGAGAUGGAGGGAGAGAGUAAUGAACUCAGUGUGUCCCUCAAGUGAAGCCAGGAGAGGGGGAGCAGAUGAUGCUGGACUGCAGCAAUGUAUGUGUCUCCCCACCACGGUUCCAACUCCCUUCUCUCUCUCUCUCACCUUCACCCACACACUCACACCAUUCUUGCACUGCUGAUUCAAGGGAAAGAAGCGGUUGAUGCUUUCUGCUUGAACUGGUCACCACAAACUGUUUUUCUUGAACAGUAGGAAAAAAACACCUCCUGACAACUGUUGCAAGUUCUCCCCUAUCUUUGCUCCUCUCUUUCUCUCUCAUGCGAUCCCAUGGACUGUGUUACACAAGAGGGCAUGUGGGACCACUACAAAGCAGUCCCUUGGGGACAUGGAGGCACAUGAGGUUCCACCUGUACACCAGUCCCACUCCUCAGGAGGCUGGAGAGCCAUGUGUGAUGAAAGAGAUGAGACCUGUUGCUGCAACAGGGGUCUGCUGAAGCGAGGCAUAGCACUGGCCUGCUUUUAUCCUCCACCUUCACCACCCAGCUGAGGAAAACCAGAGAGCAAGCAAGGAUCCUUCCACAGUUGAAAAGUGGCCACUAUGAGUCACCUCCCUUCCCCCAGCCUGAGGAAAAGCCCCAACACUUGGGGGAUGAGCCACCGAGGGGCUUAGUGUCUGACACAUGUCAUGAAGGGCUGAUUAAGUCCGAAAGAGUCAGAGCAGUGGGCUGCUGGAAAGUGUGAACCACAACAGUGGGGGUUCUCUGAGACAAAAUGGGUCCCAGGAUGAGGCACAUGGAUGGAAAUGUAUAGCCCUAUGUAAAGGUCAGCAGCUUAAUGGGAGCUAGGUUGAGCCCCCUCUGUGCAUGAGCUUGAGUGGGUUUUCCCAGAACUGAUGGAGGAGGAGGGUCCCUUCCUCACACUCCUCAUUGUGCCACAGUAUUCAGCCCCUCUUUUCAGUUCUGAUUCCUUCUUCUGGAUGCUCCUCUCUAUCUCCUUGGACCACCCGGGCUUUGUCCCAUAUUGGCCCUGGACUCUAGAUUGAUGAGUCACAUGUGCCCUACUUGGAGCUCACCACAGACCAUUUCCUCAUGCUGCCUGUGAACUGACCAAUGAGAAAAAGCCAAGGAAUUAGCUCAUUUGGAGGAUUAAAGAAGGAAAGAAAAAGAAAAUGAAGAAAAAAAAAAAAAAAAAACAAGAAGAAAGAACAGCAGAAAUAAAGACCAACAUGUUCUCAAAAGCCCUGAAACAAUUAGAGGGAAGCUGUAAGAGACGGAAAGAUCAAACCAAAAAAGGUAAGAGAUGAAAGAAAAACAUGAAGGGCACUUGCUGGGAAGUGUCUUCUACACUUUUUCCACUGGCUAUGUAGAAGCGAAAUUUGUAAGAAAAACAACAGCGACUCAAAGAAUUUCCACUAAAAGAUGCUUACAGCUGUGUCUCUGGUCCCUCCCUCCUCUGCUCUCACGUGCCUCAGGCUUAUACUGGUUUCUUGGUGGUGACGCAUCUUCUUAGUGAUAUGAGGAAAUUUGCUGCCCACCUGCAAUAUAAGGGCAUUUAGGGAAAUGCUUCGAUCAGAGAGAGAGAGAGACGGCAUGAGAGCAAGCACAUCCCACUGACCCCUUUUUGCUUACCCACCAACCUCUAGCACCUUCUUUGCCCAUGCCUCAUUUUUACUGAUCUCUUCAAGCUUUGGACCUUGUCAAGCACGGACCCAAGUAGGAGGCAGCCCCUCGCCUUUCCUGGAUGCCACCAUGAGGCUGAUGUCCCUGGUGCUGUUCCUCACCUUUGUCCUGCUGGCUUUCAGUGGUAAGAGGGGCUGAACCUACUGGGGAGGGCAGUGUAGCUCAGUAAGCUAUGCCUGGGUGUUACUUGGUCCCUGACAAGACUGGAAGGGAGAGUUUGUGCCCUUCCAAUCCACCAAAGAUGGCCAGAUAUUGCCCUGCUCUCUAACUUGCCCUGGCAAAUGCAGCAUCCCCACUCUUUGCUCAACUCUUUAUCUUGUUACAGCUGGUCACAUCCUAGCAGGAUUAGCGGAGGGGGAAAGCAGGGACCAGAAAAUGUGGGUCAGAGAGGGGAGUUCAGCUGUGCUGCCCUGCCACUUGAGCCCCAGAAAAACGAGAAAGAGCUUGAAGCAGCUGCCCGACAAGAUAUCUGUGCAGUGGAAGAGGCAUGGGGGAAGGACUCUGCCUUACACAAUGGCAAUUUCUCCCUGCGGAUUGACCCCGUCAGGAGCGAGGACGCUGGGCUGUACGAGGCACGGGUGGAAUACAACUCGGAGGUCCAUAGCUGCCAUGUGGAACUGGGGGUAAUUACAGUAACCCUCAGUCCACCCAAUCCUGUGGAAGAAAAUGAGCCGCUCUUGAUGAGCUGCAACUCCAGCUACCAGGCCAGCCUUGUGGAGAUAUGUUGGUUCCAUAACGGGCACCUGGGCCCCACCUCCAGGACCUUCUGCUCUUUGUCUGGGGCUCUCUCCAUCCUGCGGCCAGCCAUGAGUGAUGCAGGCUCCUGGCGCUGCCAGCUUCGAUACUCUGAUAACGAGAUAAUUUCUGCCACGUACAACCUGCAAAUUCUAGGUUUUGAUGGCCCAACCAACCCUGUGGUCUAUGCUGCAGCUGGCUCUGCAGCCCAUCUACCAUGCAGCCUGAGCUACCUUCCCAGUUCCUUUCAGAUGAACAUGGUGACAGCCCACUGGAGCCAUCUUGCAGGAGGACACUUGCAAGACUGGGACAUCUUCCCAAAUCUGAGUAACAGAAGCUUCCCCCUGCAUCUCCCUGUGGUGGGGCCGCGUGAUGCAGGGCAGUACCGCUGUGCUGUCUCUGUGGGCCACAAAACAAUCAGCAGGGAGGUGACCUUGGCAGUGGUUACAGUGACUCCAAGCAUCCAAGGACCAGUUUCUGAGGGGAGUCGUUUGCUGCUCAUCUGCAGCCUCACACACUCCCGGGGACAUGAACGUUUCCAGUGGAAGCACCUUGGCUCAGUCCCCACUAAGAGCAAGCUGGCUGUGGCCACCCUCCAAAACCUGGAGGGCAGCAGCGCCCAGAUGGGACCUAUCUUGAAAAUACCCAAAGUGUCACAAAAGGAUACGGGCACAUGGGAAUGCAGUGUAUAUGGCCCAGAAGGCCAACUGGGAGGAGUGGAGUACAAGCUGCAGAUCACAAGUGCCCAGGUCUCCAGCCCUCCUGCUAUGUUCAGUGGGCAAGUUACUUUUGGGCUCACACUCACCCUCUUCCUUCUGCUUGCUGUCUGUGUUGUGGCUCUGGCCCUACAGAAAAGGGCACAGACUCCUGCCUUCUCAGCACUGGAAGGGAUGAUUGGAGUCCCUGGGCCGAGGAAGUCGAUGAAGGAAAACCAGAAAGGGAAGAUCCAGCAAACUGAGUGCUGAUAGAAGCAGGGACACCAGGGCUAGUCUGCAUGGGAGGAUGAAAAUCUGUGUGCCGUGCUGCAGAGAGAUGGGUGCCAUGCAGACCUGUCAGGGGGGUCUAGGGAUGGCAUGAACAAUGCAGAAGGCAUUGGGAGCUCUGUAUCUGCAGAGGGGCUGGGAGCUGCCUACCAGGGCAAGGCAAGCCUCACUGCUGCAGUAAGGUGGCCAGCAGCACAGAUGCUUUGGAGCUAUUGGGAGUAUUUGAGCCAGUAGCUAUUGCCUGCUUUAGUGCCAAAUCUCUGCCUACUCUUUGUCCUUUUUUCGUGGCUCCUCUCACAACCUUUCUCUGGUGGAACACCAGGAUGCAGGAGAUGGCUGGAAUCUGUCUUUCCUGCAGCCUGAUGGUGUUUUCUGCCCCCCUUGCUCGCUUUCUUCUCCCUCUGCCUGCACUGCCCUGAUCACUGCCCUGUUGCAUAUUUUGAGCAUUUUAACUUAUUAGAAACUCAUUUUAGAACUGAAAAUAAAUCUA